AUGAAUGCUAAUGUCCCCUUCUCCGUUACGGUCCACCCUUACCGUCCCGGCUACGCAGCCUACGAGACGGGCUCAAUUGGGCGCAAGAACGCCGUUGUCUUCAUCGGAGGUCUAGGAGACGGGCCACAUUCUGUGCAGUAUCUUCGGACUGUUGCAAAAUAUCUCGAAGAUGCAGAAAAUCUGAGCUAUUCCCUCUUUGAGUUUCGCUUAAGAAGCUCUUUUUCGGGAUUUGGCACUGCAUCGCUCGCUGACGAUGUCGCCGACAUCUCCACGCUUGUCAAAUAUUUGAGAUCGAUUGGUAAAGAAAAAAUCGUGCUUUUUGGCCACUCUACAGGUUGUCAGGACUGUGCAGAAUACACAAACUACGCCAAGCAUGGCAGCAGCCCAGUCGACGGCUUCAUUCUGCAAGCACCAAUUUCUGAUCGUGAAGCAUUUAAGCUGGAGUUUCCAGAUACAGAUAAGAGCGUACAAGUUGCGGAGCAGAUGAUUGCAGAGGGUAAAGCAGACCACAUUGCUCCAAAAGAGGUCAUCCCACCAUCGCUAGGGCUUGCCGUCUCAGCGUACAGAUUAAGAUCAUUAUUGGCAAAGGGCGGAGAUGAGGAUUACUUUUCCUCUGAUCUUGAUAAUGCUACGAUAAAGAAAAUCUGGAGCCGCUUUGACAAACCCGUGCUGGUUCUGCAUUCUGCAAAAGACGAGAAUGUACCACGUCAUGUUGAUCAGAAAAGAUUAAACAAGCUUUAUCAAGAGGCGGGAGCUCAAGUUAGUCCUUUGUCAGAUUUGAUACCGAAUACUGGCCAUACCGUUCGACGGGACUCUGCUCGCGAAUGGCUAGGAGAGAGAAUUGUUGAAUUCUUGAAGACAUUGGCUUGA